ACAAAAUGUCUGCGCCCAUAAGAUUUGUAAAUUUUCACUAUUCUCGACUAUUUUGCACAUUUUUAGCUUUUUAUUGACCAAAUGGAAUAAAUGAAAUGGGAAAAUCCAGAAAUAGAUCACGGUCAAGGUCACCAUUACCUUCAAAGAAAAGAAAAUCAAGAUCGAAGUCCAGCAGCAAAAAGAAACGUAGUCGUAGGCAUAGUUCAUCAAGUUCUGAUUCAUCCAGUUCAUCAAGCUCAAGUUCUAGUUCCCAAAGUUCUACUCCCUCAAGAAGAAGAUCAUCAAAAGAUUCUAAAAAACAUAAAAGAAAGAAGAAACAUAAAUCUAAGCAUAGGUCAUCUUCAAGCAGUUCUUCAAGUGCCUCUAGGGAAAGAAAAAAAUCUAAAAAGAAAAAGAAGAAACGAAAAAAGAAAAAGUCUUCCAAAGAUAAAGUAGAGCCAAAACAAGAAUUAGAAAAACUUAUUAAAAAUGAAGAUGUGAAGCUUAAAAGCAAGGAAAAAGAAACAAAAAAUGCUGUUAGAUCCAUGAAGCCAAUGACAAAAGAAGAAUGGGAAAAACAACAGAGUGUAAUUAAAAGGGUGUAUGAUCCAGAAACGGGCAGGAACAGGUUGGUAAAAGGAGAUGGUGAAAUUCUAGAAGAAAUUGUAAGCAAAGACAGACAUAAAGAAAUUAACAAGCAAUCUACACUUGGUGAUGGAGUUUUCUUCCAGGCUAAGAUGGGGUUGAAUAAGAAAUGAGAGAUCAGCAGUUUUCUUUUUGACUCAUUUUACAAUAACAGUGUCAAAUGUUCAGUGUUGCAUGCAUUACGAACCAAUUAUGAAACUAUGAUUUAAUUCUAGAAACACAAUGUGUUCAGAGAAUUUGUAUAUGCAAAUCAGUAAUAACAUGCUUAACUCUUAUUGUUAACUUAUGUUAAUGUAUGCAUAAAGACUUUAAGCCUUUGUUAAGAUAUUUUAAGUUAUUUGUGAGUGUCUUUCUGUGAGUAGAUCAGCAAAUAAACAAACUACAUGUAUAUUUAA